UCGUUUUCAUCGCCUUUCCGUUCCGUUGUGUUAUACGAACUACGAACAAGUAUCUGCUGUAUAUGAAAUGGCCAUGCUUUUCUAGCGCCUUGUUUGUUGGCUUCAGUCGUUUAGUAACUGUUGCAUCGUUCGUUCUUCGUUGAGUCGUCUGAGUGGGAUUGAUUAUUUUAUUAUUAUAAAAUUAUUCGAGGUUAGCUACAUUUUGAUUUUGUUUUUAUAUCUCGUUCGACAGGUUUAAAUUAAAUUUAAUAUAACGCAUUUUUAUCUACAUUCAAUCGGAAAUACAAAAAGAAAAAUAAAAUAUCUCGUUGAUAUUUAAAACAAAAAUUUGUGUCAAGAUAUAGAAUAAAAUAAAACCUACCAAGUUUUGAAGCCAAUAAAUUCUUUUGAUGACCGUUAUUUUCGAGUAGGUACUUGAAAUUAAAAAGAAAGAAGAAGAAAAGAGCGCGUUUCGUGCAUCGCAUUUUCUAAUUGUGUUCAAAAGUGUAUCUUAUAUGAAAAUUUUAAUUAUUAUUUAUAAAGUGAAUAAAUUUAUAAAUGUGAUAUUUUUAUAGGAAUUGAAAAAAGAAGAAAAAUUAAUUAAAAAAAAGGAGAACAAAUUUCAAAAAAGAAGAUAAAACAAAAAUCCAAUUAUUUUUCUCAUAAACGAAGAAAAAAACAUCAAAUAGGACACAACUACCUAUCUACACACCUUAUUCCUCUUCACUAUACUUUACUUCAUCCGGUUCCUCUUCGAAUUCAAAUUCAUCAUCAAAAUCAAAAUGGAACGUGGAUUAUACAAAAAUCGCUCCAAUUUGCAUAUAACAACGACAACAGCAGCAGCUUUGGUCCUCAUCAUUGUCUCAAUGUUAACAGAUCACAUUCAAGCAGCUGGAGUCGAUGUCGAACCAAAUAAAGCACUAUUAAUUGAAGGACAGAAAACAGAACUUUUGUGCAGAUAUGGAAGACCAAUUAAUUAUUGCCGUAUUGAAAUACCCGGCGAGAAAGUACUUAAUUUAUCACCGUUAUGGAGUAAAACACCAGGAUUCUCAUACUUUGGUUCUGGAUUGGAUAAUGGACAAUGUGGUGUUACAAUUGAUAGGGUUAGUGCUUCGCACAAUGGCAAAGUCAAAUGUAGUUUGGGCUUCGAAGGAGAGGAAUACGAAGGAAAUAUUGAAUUGGUAGUUGCUUUACGACCACACCAGCCAGUAAUUGAAUUGCUUUCGAAACCUGGCCAGGACGAAGCUUUUGCUGCCGAAAGCAAAUUCGCUGCACGUUGUGUUGUUCGUGAUGGCAGGCCAGCUGCGAACAUUUCCUGGUUCAUUGAUGACUUGCCCAUUGUCCAAGGGCUAAAUCCACCAGAGGUGAUUGAAUCCCAGAGUGACAAAAAUGUCACCCUAUCGACCACAGCACAAUUAUUGCAAAAAUACUUAACGCCCGAGGACGAUGGCAAAAUGCUAAUUUGCCGUGCCUACCAUCAAACCGACCGUGAAGACCCACAAGAGGGAAAGUUUUUGCUUAAAGUGAGAUAUGCCCCAGUUCCACAACCCGAGACAACUGUUUAUGGCCUCUAUUUGGAACAUACUGUCAUGGUCAAUGUAACCAUCCGAGCCAAUCCGACGCCCAUCACCGAAUGGACCAUCGAAGGUAUUGCCAUUCCUCAGGGCACCCAAAGCGGACGUUAUUCAGCUUACGAGCCAGUUAACCUGGGCAACGGAUAUUACAAUGUAACACUAGCCAUAGCCGGUUUGACACUACAGGACACAACGAAAACUUACAACCUCAAGGCCUCGAAUGCAUUCGGUGUACGUGAAUACAGUGUGAGGAUAAGUUCAUCGGCUACGCCACCCAGUUCGGGACUCGAUGUUGGAUCGAUUGUUGGAAUUGCUGUUGCAGUGGCCAUUCUUGUAAUUAUUGUUCUGUUGAUUGGAUUUGCUCGGGCAACUGGACGUUGGUGCUUUGGAGGAAAAAAAUCAAGGUCCCCAACAAGUGAAACACACGAUGAUGGUACUGCCCAACAGCAAGGACCAAAUGUUGCCCUCCUCGAAUCAAACAUCAACUCUGAUGGCACCACAACGCCAAAUGGUGUCACCAUCAUCAGAACCAACAACAAAAACAAAAACAACAAUAACAACAUCAACUCUGGCAACUACGGCCGCGACGACGACGAUGAUGGCAAUGACUACAAAAAUCGCACCACCAACGGUAAUCAAAACAACAUAAACGGUGGUGGGCGUCAAAGAAACAGCUCCUUAAUGGCCUCGACGACGGGGGCGGAUAACGGUAACGAUGAUGACUCCUUUGAAUAUGCCACAGAUCGGGAGAGUGGUGUGUACAAUGCAACCACGGUCCCUCUUAAAGCCGGUGGACGCAACAGCACAGCUUCACGUCAAUCUACAGCGACGACAGCUUCCGAUGAAAACGGCGGCGGCGGCGACCAGCAGGGAUCUGACCUAUUAACUCGGGGCAAUCAGUUAGGUAUUCCCGAGUCAAGAUGUACCCGUUGGAUACCAAAGGAUCAGAGGGAGCUCCUGGAGAGGCAAGCGAAAUUGUUAGCGAAUCGUAUACAAAAACCAGUUGAAACUGAAUUCUAGCACAAACAACACGUCACCCUCUGCCUCUAACACCUACACAAAAACACAAACACCAACAUACACAACACAAAUACACUCAAACAAAAAUGACAACAUAAGAAACCACCCACACAAUAAUCACAUCUUUAUACCUACACAUACAUAAAAAAUGUAUUUAACGAGAAUUAUUAGCGAUAUACCUGUGUAAACGUACGAGUAUGUAUGUAUAUUUUUUAAGUGUACCUUAAUGAUAUUUAUUUUAAGACGUAAGAAACGAAGCGGAUGAAAAUUCCAAAAGACGCAAAUGUUAAGUAAAGUUUUUAAAAAUAUUAAAGCUCAAGAUGAACAAACAAAA